AUGCCACGUCAAAGAAGCUCCGUACGUCCGAGCAGGAUACCAGUACCGACACAAUCUCCUCGCCGUAGUCCCUCGUCAACCAACGAUCAGAACGCCGCCGAAUUCUCUGAAGAUGGCACAGAACAUGCUGCCAGCCCGAGUUUGAGCAAUUCGGAAAUCAUGGCAUACCAGGGGAUAUUAAGCAACCAACUGGAAGCCCACCAGGAAACCGCUCGCCUAGAUGCAGCUCCAGCCCCAUCAACCAUCUUCGACCCUACCAGCCUGUCCUUCUCCCAAGAAAUCCCAUCCAAACAGAGCUUCACACACCAAGAACCCCCAACAAACCCACUCAAGCCCAGGCGCAGCAUUCUUGACUUGUUCCCAAAGCGUGACAAGAACCAAACCCCAAACCCCAUCUCUCCGCCCAAAAAAAGCUUCCUCGGUGCCACCAAAGACUCCCUAGCGCGAGUCAUACGCGGAGGGUCGAAACCGCAAUCCAACAGCCCUGCAGUCACUGCCGCCGUAGACGAGCGACCAGGACAGGUAGAUACGGAGAACAGACAAGAGGGGGAAAUAUUCCAGUGUCUACUCAGAGCGGCAGAGUGCUAUAAGCAAGCCAGCAUCAGCGCAAAGCACACAGAGGCCUUGGCCAAAGAUGCGGGGCAGAGUGCGGAAGCGGCGAGAAUGGAAGUGGUCAAGAUCGCCGAGUUGGCCAGACUUGUGGGGAUUGAGGAUGAGACUGUUACUCGGUUGUAUGAGAUGAUUUGGGCUGCUGAUGAGGCUGCACGGUUGGGGUAG